AGAAUCACACUUGUACUAAAAUAUAUAAACCGAUGACGCUUCUUCAGUCACGCGCCACUGUCUCUUCUUCGAUGUCCAUAACGUUUUCGAGGCAGCUCAAGAAAUUUGCCCCCACUCUACUGAUUCACAGAACUCCCAGAAAUUUCUCCGUGAAGAUGGCGACCGAGUCGCCCACUCACCUCAUCCACACCCUCAGUCUCCCGAGUCAACUCGGUCAACCCGUCUCCGUUGUCGCUGCUCCUGGCCUCUCCGACACCCAAUUCAAGAAUGCUAUUGAGUCCUCUCUAUUCAAGCAGUGGCUGAAAAAUAUACAAACUGAAACAGGCCUGCUGGCUAAUGGGUCAAUGUCUUUGACACAAGUGCUGAUUCAGGGUGUAGAUAUGUUUGGCAAACGUGUUGGGUUUCUCAAGUUCAAAGCGGAUAUUAUUGAUAAGGAGACGGGACAAAAGGUUCCUGGUAUUGUCUUUGCACGAGGACCAGCUGUUGCAGUGCUAAUCAUUUUGGAGUCGGAGGGUGAGAAUUAUGCUGUGCUCACGGAGCAGGUCAGGGUCCCUGUUGGGAGGCUUAUAUUGGAAUUGCCAGCCGGGAUGUUAGAUGAUGACAAUGGUGACUUUGCGGGAACAGCAGUUCGAGAGGUUGAAGAAGAGACCGGAAUACAUUUAAAUGCGCAAGACAUGAUUGACCUUACAGCGCUUCUGGACCCUUCUACUGGCUGCAGAGUCUUCCCUUCUCCUGGAGGCUGUGACGAGGAGAUUAGUCUGUUUCUGUACAGAGGGAAUGUGAGUAUAGAGAAAAUUAGACAGCUACAAGGGAAAGAAACAGGUCUUCGAGAUCAUGGCGAGCUAAUUAAGGUUCAUGUAGUUCCAUAUGAGAAGCUUUGGCGCUCUACAGCUGAUGCAAAAACGCUAACUGCUAUUGCCCUUUAUGAGAUGGCCAAAAGGGACGGUCUGCUGCCAUCUUCGAGAACCUGAAUGAUUCCUCGUUUAUGCAUCGUAGACCUAAUGUUGGUCAUAGGAAUCUAGUUAUUACCAUUACAAUUAAUAAAAGAACAGUUUCAUUUA